UCGAGGAGUUCAGGGCCAGACGGUUGCUAGGGUGACAGGAAUACAACAUGGCGGCCGGAUCCUAACGCUCUCCAUCUAGGGACCACCGCGGCGGUCCUAGUUCGGGACCCUGCCCCAAAGGAGUGGAAGCCAGGGGCCACCCUUUCUGUCCCUUUCUUCUCCUUCCACUCUCGGCAAGGGGUUGUCGCCGGCUUGCGCAUCCAUGAUGAAGAACUAUAAAGCAAUUGGCAAAAUAGGAGAGGGAACAUUUUCUGAAGUUGUGAAGAUGCAGAACCUGAGAGAUGGAAACUAUUAUGCAUGUAAACAAAUGAAACAGCACUUUGGAAGUAUUGAGCAAGUGAACAAUCUACGAGAGAUACAAGCACUGAGGCACCUGAAUCCACACCCAAACAUUCUUACCUUGCACGAAGUGGUUUUUGACAGAAAAUCUGGUUCUCUUGCACUAAUAUGUGAACUUAUGGACAUGAAUAUUUAUGAACUAAUACGAGGGAGAAGACACCCAUUAUCGGAAAAAAAAAUUAUGCACUAUAUGUACCAGUUGUGUAAAUCCCUUGAUCACAUGCACAGAAAUGGAAUAUUUCACAGAGAUGUAAAACCAGAAAAUAUAUUAAUAAAGGAUGUCCUGAAAUUAGGGGACUUUGGGUCCUGCCGGAGUAUCUAUUCUAAGCAGCCGUACACGGAAUACAUCUCCACCCGCUGGUACCGGGCCCCAGAGUGUCUCCUCACUGAUGGCUUCUAUACCUACAAGAUGGACCUGUGGAGCGCGGGCUGCGUGCUCUAUGAGAUGGCCAGCCUGCAGCCCCUCUUCCCCGGAGCCAACGAGUUGGACCAGAUCUCGAGGAUCCACGACGUCAUUGGCACACCUACUGGGAAGACCAUCACCAAGUUCAAACGGUCGAGAGCUAUGAGUUUUGAUUUUACUUUUAAAAAGGGAUCAGGAAUACCUCUACUGACAGCCAGUUUGUCCCCGCAAUGCCUCUCCCUCCUGCACGCAAUGGUGGCCUAUGAUCCCGAUGAGAGAAUCACUGCCCACCAGGCCCUGCAGCACCCCUACUUCCAGGAACAGAGGGCAGCUGAGAAGCAGGCUCCAGCCAGGCCCAGGAGGAAGGCCUCCGCUCUCUGCCCCAAGCGGCCGGUGGCACCGGAACUACUCAGUAACAACUGGCAGCCGGCACAGGAGGGCAGCAAGCAGAAACAGCCCCUAAAGCAAGAGGAGGACCAUCCCAGGAGACACGGACCAGCCUACGUGAUGGCACUGCCCAAGCUCAAGCUAUCGGGAGUGACCAAGCAGCCCUUGUACUACAGCCCAGCGCUGCAGUCAGUGGUUGCCCCCGGAGCGACCCGGAAGGUCCCGGUGCUGAGACCCCCGAAGUGUGUUGGCCCGAACCAGAAGACAGACACACAGAAGGACAUCCAGCCUAACCUGAAACAGUACCGCCGGCCCACAGUAGAGCGGAGAGGUGGAGGCUACUGAGUGGCGCUGCGGCUCCCCUGCUCGGGGCGGCUCCCACCCGGCCGGGCCCCAGCAAGCGUCCCGGGAGAGCGGCCCCCAGACCAGCACCAGCACCUCGGCUUGGAGCCUGCCGGCCCGAGGCUGCUUGCGUCCUAAAGGCAGCCGUACUGUAGGUUCCAGUCUCAGACCUUUGUAAAACCACCUCAUUCUAGGGUUUCGGUUCCUUUCCGUAACGUAAGAAUUUGGGGCAGGGAAUAUUUUGUAAUUUUUUAUAUGAAUCAAAACAGAAAUUAUACUUCGUUUUGGAUUAUUUAGGCCCGGUUUCACCGAGGCUCUGCACACGGUGCCUUCCUUAGUGCAUCCACCAGCAGUGUCCUAGCACGUUUGGCUUCCAGAUUAUACCUUGGAGACCCUGAUUUUUAUUAAACAAUAAGCUGUCAUUACAGUGUUGCAUCUUAAUAUAUCUUGAGUUAAACAUGUGUCCUGAUUAGCCAUUCCUUUAUUGUGACUUUCGUGGGCGUAUCGGGGCAUUGACUUUGUUGGGACACUUCGGUACAGCUUCACUGUUCACUUGACCGUCCACUGAGGAACGACACGGGCUGGCGCUCGGCCCUCGGAGCCCCCGGGUGCGGGCUGCGGGCAGGUCGCCGGUCCAGCUCCCAAGGCCCAGCUUCCUCCGUGAGUAGAGGCCGCUGCUUCCCGAUGGCCUGCGGGCGCGCCCAGCUUCGUUUCUGGGGUGCCAGCAAUAAGCGGGCACAAGAAGAAACCUGUUUCCCGUGGGGGAGGGAGGGGAGGUGGCAGAGCAUUGGUGGCGCCGGAAGGGGCAGGGCAAGGGGCCAGGAGGGACAGGGCGAGGGGCUGGGGGAGGUGGACCCGGGGGGGGGGGGGGGUGGAGGGCAGGCCGUGGCCAGCAUUUCCCGGUGCCUGGGAGAGGGGGAGCCAUGGGCGCGGGAGCGUGCGGGCCCAGGGCGGGCAGAGCCGGUUCACGUGGGGAGACCUGGGGGGCUUCGGGGACGUCCCGGGUGGAAGUGGGCGGGGCGGGCAGAGGGCUGGGAGCGCCGCGUCCCGGGGGCGCUGCGGGCUCGGCGAACUCGGG